AUGAAGAAACUUUCCAUGAAUGAGUUCUAUGAGAUUAUUUCAGAGCCUAUUGUGUUAAACGAACUAAAAAUAGUGCAACAUACAGAAUUACCCGAGGUGGACGAUGAAUUGUCAGUGUCACUACGGAUGAGACUUAAGAGUCAUCAUUCUGGCUGGGCCGGUAUAUUUCAAAAAGGUAUCGAAACAGAAGGGAAUUUUAAUCGUACGCCUGGACUAUUCCUAUUUGCAAACAAUUCCAGAUUACAUCCUCGCUUCACGGGCAGCUGGAAUAAUAAUGCAGGAAUUGAAGCAGUUACGGAUGGACUUUUGUUAAAUAAAUGGUAUCACAUAACUUAUACACUUUCCGAUCAUGAAAAAAGAAUGGAUAUCUACAUAAAUGGUGUAUGGACCGCAUUCUAUGCCAUCGAAAAUGUUCAAAUGCAUAAAGUUAAGUUUAAUGAGUGA